UAGUAAUGACCUCCCCCAACACUACACUUUUCAUCCCCUACAAAACCACCGUGCAUGAAAAACUAAACACCAAAAAAACCAAACACAUCAUUCGAUUAUUCUAUCAAACUCCAUAGUAAUCAAAGUUGAGAGGACACCAAAUUAUUUACACACAUUUUGGAUCAAUCGCAACCAGAAAAUGGGAGUCAAAAUGGUGGUGGCGCCGCCCCAUGCAGGGGCUAUAUGGCGGGAAAGACUAGCUUCCGCCUUGAGAACCGCCAUAGCAUGCACUAUAAUCGGCUGCACCGCCCUAUACGGUCCACAACCCAUCCGCAACCAAAUCCAAUACCCAUCCGUAGCCUAUGUAACCGCCAUCUUAAUCGUUUCAGACGCCACACUCGGCACCACAUUAAGAGGCUCUUUCCAUGCACUCUGUGCCACCGCCCUUGUCCUCCCCUCAUCCAUCCUCUGUCUCUGGGCGGUGGGCCCGUCGCGGUUCACCGAGAGUGGUGCUGCCGCCGCGGUGGCUCUGAGCGCCUUUCUGGUGGCGGUGCCGGAGUUUUUACCGCUUCUAGCCAAGCGCAUUGCCUUUGUACAGCUGGUGAUUAUAUAUGUUGGAGCGGUGGUUCGUGGUGGCACCGCCGAUGCGGUGACUCACCCGGUUCAUGUUGCGGCGUGCACCGCCCUUGGAGCGUCGGCUUCUGUCCUGGCUUUGAUACUGCCGUACCCUAGACUGGCUGUUACUGAGGUGAAGAAGCAAUUUCAGUUGUAUACAGAAAAUGCGUCAGAAAGAAGUGGACUUUAUAUGAAAGCUUUCUUAAGUGAAGACAAAACGACAGCGUGUGAUCUCAUUUCACAAGGUGAACCCAUGGUGGAAUCAGGAACUAAGCUCAUUAACCACAUCAACCACAUCCAGGAAGGUGUGAAGUGGGAGAGGUAUCGUAUGCGGGAUUUCAAGCGAAGUUUCGUGAAGAUGGAAGACCGAUUAGACGAUAUUGAAACACCGAUAAAAGGAAUGGAAUUGGCGCUCGAUUCCAUUCCGUCUUUUCCUAUUGGAAUCGUGAAUCCGGAGUUAAGAUCCGUGUUGCAAAGCGAUCGCGUGCACCAGACGUUAAAGCUCGACCAUGCCAAAUGUUUUGUCCCGUUCGAUGAAGCGGUCACGGUUCCGGAACGGAAAGACGAACUCUUCGAUAAUUCACUACACACACUCACAAAUUCCCCCCCAACGCACCGGAAUCUACCGGCUUUUUUCUUUUUAUCGUGCUUCGAAUUACUCGUAAACAACUCGAGCAUGAACCCGAAACCGGAAUCGGAAACGAAAGCGGAAUCGGAAUCAGUCAACAGUCAAGCGAUUGAUGUUGGACAAGAGUCAAGAAUUACCGGACCAUAUAGCCAACAAAGGAUUGUGUUUGGUUUAAAGUGCUCGAUUUCAUUAGGGCUUGCAGUGCUUUUGGGUAUGUUUUUUGACAGAAAGAACGGGUAUUGGUCUGGGCUAACAAUCGCGAUUAGUUUUGUGGAAGGAAGACAACCGAUUUUCACAGUUGCAAAUGCUCGAGUACAAGGAACAGCGAUCGGGACAGUUUAUGGGGUGCUCGGGAGCUGUCUUUUGUAUCAAGUUGCUGAAAUAAGAUUCAUAAUCCUUCUACCAUGGAUCGUUCUCACAAGCUUGUUACAACAUAGCCGGAUGUUUGGAGAAAGUGGCGGCAUCUCAGCAGUGAUCGGAGCUCUUCUUAUUCUUGGACGGAAAAACUAUGGGCCUGCUAAGGAAUUCGCGAUUGCGAGGCUAACGGAGGUUUCAAUCGGGCUUUUUUGCAUGGUGGUGUUGGAAAUUGUUCUUGAACCAGUCAGAGCUUCAACUCUUGUGAAACGCCACGUGUCAAAAUGUUUGGGGAUAGUAGACGAUUGCUUUAACAAAAUAUCAAGUUUGAAUUUUGUUUUAGUGAAAGAAAAUAUCAAACGGUUAAAAUCCGAUAUAAAUUUGUUGAACAACUUGAGCAGAGACGCGAAGUUGGAACCAUGUUUCUGGUUUCAAUCAUUCCGGGGGAAUUGCUAUGAUCGCGUGCAAAAGAGCUUAUCGACAAUAGUUGAUUUGAUGCAGAUUAUGAUCUAUAACUUGGAGUUUAUCGAUUCCGAUGAAGGUCGGAAAGAGCUUCAAGAACAUGUCAAUCGGAAUCUAGAGAUGUUGAAGGUUAACGGAAUCAAGCAUCUACAAAAUAUCAUGUCGGUGAAGUCGAUCAAAGACUUCGAGCACCAGUUACAAGAACGGGAAGGAUUCCUGGACCUGGAAUCAGCAAGACCGAUUCCGGUGUCAACGGAUUCAACGACUAAAGACAUCGAUGCUUUCCUUCAACACACAAAGGAGGUGACAGAUAAAAUUCAAGCAACCGAAGAAUGGAAAGAGAAAACAAUUCUUCAUUUGAAUUCAUUAGGAUUUUGCAUCUAUAGACUUAUGGAGGAAACAAAGGAAGUUGAAAAAUGCAUUAAAGAAAUCAUCAGAUGGGAGAAUCCAACAAGACAAAUAGAUUUUAACCAGCUAUGUUACAUGAUUGACAAGUAAAUUUUAACAAUUUUAGGGAGAAUUUAAACAAUAUAUAGAAAGAUUGAGAAAUUAGUUUGAUAUGUAGAUAAAAUAUAUGUAUGCAAAUAUUAUGAUAUCUUUAAUUAGCAGAAUAAACUACUCUUCAUUCUUCAAUAUAAUCAUUUCAAGACACUUAAAA